AUGAGCUUAAAAAAACUGGCAACAGUUUUCGUCUCCCGACCUUGUCCUCCACAAGGACUGGAGAGACUGCGGAGACACUGCAAUGUUGUCCUUAAUGACAGCGAGACCAACCUCACCAAUGAGGCAUUCAUCAAAGCCAUACCUGGAGUCGAUGCCUUGUUCAUUUUCCCACCUGCUCCCAUCAACAAGGAGACCUUGGAUAUCAUUGGUCCUCAGCUCAAAGUGAUUGGGACCAUGUCUGUCGGCCUUGACCACAUUGACCUAGCAGAAUGCCGGAAGCGGGGAGUCAAGGUUGGGUACACACCGGAUGUUCUCACUGAUGCCGUAGCAGAACUGACUGUGGCCUUGACAUUGGCUACCGCCAGGCGCUUUGAAGAAGGUUUCCAGGCUGUGAGAUCUGGAACUUGGGGCACGCGUUGGGAGAACGCCCUAUGGCUGACGGGAAAACAGAUAUCUGGGUCAGUGAUCGGCAUUGUGGGCCUGGGUAGGAUCGGUUUUGCCACCGCCAAACGUUUGGCUGCCUUUCAGCCUGCCAGAAUUUUCUACACUGGAAGAUCUCCUAAAGAUUACGCCAAGGAAAUCGGCGCAGUUUUCCUCACAUUUGAGGAACUUCUAGAAGUGUCUGAUUUCGUCAUCGCUACGUGUUCAAUAAAUGAAACAAAUAAAGGAUUGUUCGGAGCUGAAGCUUUUAAGAAGAUGAAGACUUCUGCCAUUUUUAUCAACGUUACGCGCGGAGCCUUGGUUGAUCAAGAUGCAUUGUAUGAAGCCUUAUCAACCAAUCACAUUUCUGCUGCCGGGUUAGAUGUGACCACUCCAGAGCCGCUCCCGCCGGACCACAAGCUUCUGACACUGAAGAAUUUUGUGUUGACCCCACACCUUGGCAGCGCAACCUCGACAACGCGUGAGGCGAUGUGUGAACUGACAGUAGAUAAUAUACUUGCUGGCUUAAACGACCUUCCGUUACCAUCACCUGCGGUCUAA